UGACUACCUGCUGGAGCCCGGGCGGCUGCUGGGCAACCUGAGCGCCUUCGUGCUGCGCGACUGCAUGUGGAGCGGCUUCUCGGCCCGCGAGCGCCUCGGCAGAAGCCUGGGCGAGAAGCUGGCCGCCAAGCCGCCUGCCCCGCCGCCUGCCCCGCCUCCAGGAGCGCACGAGCCCGGGCUGGACGGCCAGUGCGUGGCCCCGGGCGCCGUCUUUGCCUGGCCCGUCGGGGGGCCCGCGGCGGCAGACAGCAAGAUUCCGGCCUCGUCCGGCUCCGAGAGCCAAAGCGACUCUGAAGGGGAAGAAAUCGAUGUGGUGACUGUGGAGAAGAAGAGGCAGUCCCUCAGUGUGAGGAAGCCGGUCACCAUCACAGUCCGAGCUGACCCCUUGGAUCCAUGCAUGAAACAUUUCCACAUAUCCAUCCACCAGCAGCAGCACAACUAUGCUGCCCGCUCCCCUUCGGAGGCCUGCCCCAGGGAGGGCGCCUUGGAGAGAGGCACCCAGGAAGACGAAGAGGAGGAGGAGGAGGAGGAGGAGGACAGCAGCAACAGCCACAAUGCUGAUGCCAGUGGGGAUGGCCAUGGUGCACAGUCCCCAGGGCAAGUGGAGGAGAGUUUCUCUCCGGAAUCUAUCUUCCCGAAAUCUGGGAGCGCUCCCAGCUCAGACACGGAAGAUGUGACUAAGCGGAAAAACCACAACUUCUUGGAGCGCAAGCGGCGGAAUGACCUUCGCUCCCGUUUCCUGGCACUGAGGGACCAGGUGCCUGAUCUUGCAACCUGCUCCAAAACCCCCAAAGUGGUGGUCUUGAGCAAAGCGUCUGAGUACCUGCAGUCUCUGCUCCGUGCAGAGCAGCAGAUGGUUGCUGAGAAGAAGCUGCUGAAGUUGCAUCAGCUUCAGCUGUUGAAACGGAUUUCACAUCUGAAGGGGGUGCAUUAGCUCCCAAGAACUCUAAACUGCUUUCCUGUCUGAUCUGCACUUUUUUGGUCUGUUUUUUUGGGUGGGUGGGUGGGUUGCGGACUCUUAAACUGCAGUUCACAGAAUGCAUUGCAACUGGUGCACACAUGUGGCUAGUCCUCAUUCUCCUCCCCACCCCAACCCGUUACUCUGAUUCAUCCUACUGUGGUUGCUGGAGUUAGCUUCUCCAGCAGAUGCAGAGGUGUGAACUUCUUGUAGAGGCGCAGGGCUGUGGGCUUUAAUUACUGAGAUUUCGGCUCCUCCUGCAAGAUGCUGGCUUCUGUGCAAGCUGAGCAGUGCUGCAUUCAGACUGGGAUCAAUAUAGACUGUGUGUUUUGAGUCAAGCUCUGGCACAUAUUGGAAGGGAGGUCUUCCUCAAUAGAAGCAAUAUUUUUGAGGGAGGGUCCUGGGUCAAUUCUUCUAAAGCUAGGCACAAGGAUGGAUCUUGCCUUCACCUGUCCUGAGGGGCAUCUUCUCUCUCCACCCCGCUGUCCCAUGUCCCCCAAGUUUGACUAUAAACACAUGACCACCGAUGUUUUUAUGUGCCUCCUCUCCUUCCCUGGUCCAUCUCUUCUUGCUGUUGCCAUUCAAUUUAAAGGAUGAAUUGCUCACCCUUAUC